AUGGGGGUAUGUAACGAUGAGUCUACAUACUUAUUAUUCCAAAGAUGUGAAAAAAUUAUAGAUGAUGUAAAUCAAGGAAAAGCAUUGAUUACUUACCAAGAUAAGUGUAAUAAUAUUGUUUCUCAAUAUUCAGAUAUUUUUAACUCCAAUAUUAAAGAUAUAUGCUGUCAAUCCUUGGCAUAUUUAAAUAAAGUAUAUAAUGAAGUAAAAGAUGCUUCAUUAGACACAGCAGGUUUUAAAUACUUGUAUUAUUGGCUAUAUAAGUACAAGCUAAAAUGGGGGAAAAAAAGCUCAGAUAUUAAAAACUUUUAUGAUGAAUUAAUAAAUAUAUAUAAAAUAAAUGUUAUGAGUUACACAGUUGAAAAGGAUUAUCAAAGUGUUACUGUUGAUGAAUUUGAAAAUCUCAAAAGUUCAUAUGAUAUGCAUAACAGUUUUAUUUUCAUAAAAGAAAAAUGUAAACCUAAUGAAAAUGAGAAUUAUUGCACUAAAAUAAAAGAGAUUAUGGAUAAAUAUAAAGAACAAAAUAUAAUCGAGCAUG